GUCCAGGCGGUGAAUCAGUGUAGAACGACGCGUAAUUGUUCUCUCUUUAGCUGCUCCAAAGCGAUUGUCGUUCUACUAAACCCAUUAAAAUGGCUGAUAACGAAGACCUUUUAGAUUACGAGGAGGAGGACCAGACCGAGCAGGUUGUGGCAGAAACUACGGAACAGCCGAAGAAGGAUGUGAAGGGUACCUACGUAUCGAUUCACAGCUCCGGUUUCCGUGAUUUCCUGCUGAAGCCCGAAAUUUUGCGCGCCAUUGUUGACUGUGGUUUUGAGCAUCCUUCAGAAGUACAACACGAAUGUAUUCCGCAGGCCGUGCUUGGCAUGGACAUUCUGUGCCAGGCCAAGUCCGGUAUGGGAAAGACGGCAGUGUUUGUGCUGGCGACCCUGCAGCAGCUAGAGCCGACCGAGAACGUCCCGUACGUGUUGGUGAUGUGUCACACGCGCGAGCUCGCCUUCCAGAUCAGCAAGGAGUACGAGCGGUUCUGCAAGUACAUGCCAACGAUCAAGGUGGCCGUGUUCUUCGGUGGGCUGCCGAUCCAGAAGGAUGAGGAGGUGCUAAAAUCAACUACUCCCCACAUCAUCGUUGGAACACCCGGACGUGUGCUGGCGUUGAUCCGCAACAAGAAGCUAAACCUGAAGAACUUGAAGCAUUUCAUUCUGGACGAGUGCGACAAAAUGCUCGAGCAGUUGGAUAUGCGUCGCGAUGUCCAGGAGAUUUUCCGUAACACACCCCACGGAAAGCAAGUGAUGAUGUUCUCCGCCACACUGAGCAAAGAAAUUCGCCCCGUGUGCAAAAAGUUUAUGCAAGAUCCAAUGGAAGUGUACGUUGACGACGAAACCAAACUUACGCUACACGGUCUUCAGCAGCAUUACGUGAAACUGAAGGAAAACGAAAAGAACAAGAAGCUGUUCGAGUUGCUUGAUGUGCUCGAGUUCAACCAGGUUGUCAUUUUCGUGAAGUCUGUCCAACGCUGUAUGGCCCUUGCGCAGCUUCUAACCGAGCAAAAUUUCCCGGCCAUCGGUAUCCACCGUGGCAUGGUCCAGGAGGAGCGCCUCUCGCGGUACCAGCAGUUCAAGGAUUUCCAGAAACGUAUCCUCGUCGCCACCAACCUGUUCGGACGAGGCAUGGACAUUGAGCGUGUGAACAUCGUGUUCAACUACGAUAUGCCCGAAGAUUCUGAUACCUAUCUGCACCGUGUGGCUCGUGCCGGUCGUUUCGGUACCAAGGGUCUGGCCAUCACUUUCAUCUCGGACGAGGCGGAUGCCAAGAUUCUGAAUGACGUGCAGGACCGGUUCGAUGUGAACAUCAACGAGCUACCUGACGAAAUCGAUCUCUCCUCUUACAUCGAAGGACGAUAAGAAGGGUAAUAUCUUCAUACUGUGUGAAAGUCCACAUCAUUUUUUGUAAGCAAUUAAUCGGUGCGAUGCAGUAAGUGUUUUUCAAAUAGAAGUUUAGAUUUUCUUUUGAGAGUACUUCUCCAUUCCAUAAAGUCUUGGAAAUGUAUCAACCUCUCCCUUCUUCCUGUGUAUGUUCAAAGCCUAAUUCAAUGGAAUAUUGUUUCUACUACUGUUGCAUUUAGUACGGUGGCCACAAGCAACAUGAAUAAUCUGCUGCGUCUUUUGCUCUUUUCUUUUAAAAACAGUGUAUUCAAUAAGUUGUAGUGUAUUGGGAGUUGCUUAUAAUUGCGAUUAUAAAAACAGCGCAAUUAAACCUUUAUCACGUACGUGUAGCUUCACAAGAGAGUUUGAAUAUGAUUUGCUCGUCCGUAAAUGCGGAAAAGGUAGAAGAACUUCUCUCCGAUCGCACGCACCUGUUGCGUGCUCAAUCGUAAGUUAGGUGAAAAAGGAGACACAGCCACCAAAAUUCUAUUGAUGUUCAAUAGCAAUUGAGUAAGGAAGAUAACAAAUAUUUUAGUAAGAAAUAACUAUGUAAUUUUGAAUAAACAAACACAAGUAAAUAAAACUUAUAAUGUAUUAAGAGCCCGCCAAUAA